AUGAUAAGUACAAAUAGUAAUAAUAUAAAUACCAUAGAAUUAAAGAAUGAUUCUUGGAUAAAAUUCACACCAAAUUUUCUUGACGAAGCCAAUGCGAAAUUGUUAGAUGGCAAUGAUUUCAUAGGAAUGCAUGCAGAUGACGAGGCAUACCUUCCUGGAAAGACUACCAUUGCCUCCAUUUCACUUGGUGCAACGAGAACUUUCACCGUAACUCAUUCCAAGAAGAAAGAAACUCAAGAAUACAAACUUAACAAUGGUUCACUGAUAGUAAUGGGUGGUCAGUGUCAAAAGAACUAUCGUCAUGGUAUUCCAAAAGAACCGGAUGUUGUAACUCCAAGAAUAAAUUUAACUUUUAGAAAAUCAUAA